AUGGAAUCGUCGACCGACGUGAUCAACGAUAUUUUAAGCAAUGGUAUUCACAGUUAUUCUUACGAACAUAAAUUAGUGCUAAAAAAAAAUAGACCUAUGCCCGUUUUGAAUUUGGACGUGAUGGACGGUAAAACACUUCGAAAGUUUCAGUUUUCGUGGUAUUCCAAGUAUUUCUGGCUUACCGGAAGUCAAACUAAAAAUAGACUAUAUUGUUAUUUUUGUUUACUAUUCGGAGGAGAAAAAAAAUGGUGUGAAGAAGGUGUAACGGGAGUUAAAAACUUUGAUCGUACAGCAAGUAAACAUGCGAUUUCCGAAAAGCAUUUAGUUUGUCAAGAAAAAUUUCAGUUGUUUGGCCAAAAUAGAAUUGAUCACAUUGCGUCAGAAGGAAAGCGUUUAGCGGCAUUGAAAUAUAAUGAACAAGUCGGGAAUAACCGUCGUAUAUUAUCGCGUUUAAUUCAAGUUGUGUGCUAUUUGGGAAAACAAGAAAUUCCUUUUUGUGGACACAAUGCAAGCGUAACGCCAAUAAAUAAAGGUAAUUAUUUAGAACUUUUGAAUCUACUAUCGCAAGAAGAACAAUUGAUUAAAGAUUAUUUAUCAUCAAACUCGAGUUUUAAAGGAACAUCUCAUGAUAUUCAAAAUGAUUUAAUAUUUUGUAUCACGGAAGUCGUAAAUAUGCAAAUUAUGAAUGAAUUGAAUAAAGUAAAAUUUGUUUCUGUUCAAGUAGAUGAAACCAAAGACGUAUCGUGUAAAUCGCAAAUUAGUAUUAUUUUUAGAUACGUAAUUGAUAACAACAUUGAAGAGAGAUUUAUUGGAUUUUUUGACGUGUCGAUCGAUAAAACUGCUUUUGAACUUUCGAAUAUUUUAUUAGACCAAAUAGAAAAAUGGAAUAUAAGAGAUAAAAUUAUAUGUCAAACUUAUGAUGGAUCUGCCGUUAUGGCGGGUAAAGUAAUAAGCGUACCAGGUAUUAUUAAAAACACUUACCCAAAUGCCAUGUUUAUACAUAGUUAUGCUCAUCACCUGAAUUUAAUUUUUCUACAUGGAUCGAAAACAAUUAAAGAUGUUAGAUUAUUUAUAAGUGACCUAAAAAUGUUUCACGCCUUUUUUAGCGAGUCACCAAAACGAAGUGAACUUUUACGAGUAAAGUGGUUUAAGCAGCCUGAAAAUUGUGAUACGAGUUGGAACUUUCAUUCCAGAGCAGCAGCUACAAUCAGUGCCAAUUUUACAGAAUUAAAAAAAGUGACAUUACGUGUUACGGAAGAGGAAGACUGGGAUCCUAUGUCUAUUUGUUUGGCCAAUUCAUUGUUUAACAAAUUAUCAAAUUUUAAGUUUGUUUAUUUAAUAUGCCUCUUUAAUAAAAUAUCCAUGUUUUCGGAUCAUGUAUUUUUAACUCUCCAAGAAAAAUGUAUAGUAGAUGUACAAGCUUGCAUAAAAGAAAUAAUAAAUAUGUCUACGCAGUUAACGUUUAUGAGAAAUGAACAAACAGUUGUGACGUGUAGUAAAUUUGCAGUAGAAUUGAAUAGUGAACUUGAAUACUCUGACAAAGAUGUUCGGGACUUAGAAUAUUUAACAUACAAAAUAUUAGAUUCAAUUAUAACACAAACUAAUGUUCGAUUUCAAGAUUUUGAACUUCUUCAAUUCGUAGAAAUAACAAAUAAUAAGGCAUUUAAAGAUUAUAAAAAAUGUUUUCCUAUUGAAAAGCUAAUACAACUUGAAAAAAAUUUCCCCUCAGUUUUUGAUCUAGAAAGACUAAAAAACGAAUUAACAAUCAUUUUUGAUGACCGUGGUAAAUAUCUCCCACCCAAGGAUUUGUUGAAUUAUAUUAUUAAAGCUGAUUUAAGAGAGGUAUACAAAGAGCUAACCAAAUUGUUGCAGUUGAUAUUAUGCAUUCCUGUCACAACUGUUUCAAGUGAAAGGAAUAAUAGUGCACUAAAACGAAUAAAGACAUUCUUGAGGAAUACCAUGAAUCAUGAUCGACCAACAAACUUGUGUACUUUGGCUAUUGAGAAAAACAUUGUGGAUGAAUUAAUCAUUGACCCAACAUUUAUUGACAGAGUUAUAGAUUUAUUUUCAAAUACUAAACAUAGAAAUAUCGACUUAAAAUAUAAAAUAUUGUAA